AUGAGUAGUCGCGACAAUUGGGUGCCUUUAGUCGCGGGGGUGGUUGUCGGCGCCGGUCUACUCGCGGUGCUCUACAAGCUGUUCUUUACUGGUCCGCGGCCCAGCUAUGCAAAAGGUUGUAAUCAAAAUUUCGGUGCUUCAGAAUAUAUAUGCACGUGCCCGAAGGACGGCCAAGAUUUUCUCACCGUAAGAAAAGGAAUAAAAAUGUGUGAUUGCGCUGAAGAAUUAGAAAGGAGGAAUAAACAAAUUGCAAGCGGCGGAGGAAACCACGCCUACACCCACCGGUAUUUGGCAUAUUUUUGGUUGGGGAGGUUCAGAAGGAAACCCAUGGCUACCUAUUUUGGGCAGUACAGCAUUUAUGGGAUUAUUGGCACUUUUAUACAAGAAUUUGGA